GCAAUUUCCAAAACCCUAAUUACCCUCUCACUCACACAAACGAAGAAGAAGAAGAACGCGGCGGCGCGUGUGAGAGCGUGAGAGAUGAAGACAAUCCUCUCAUCGGAAACCAUGGACAUCCCUGAUGGUGUCACCAUCAAGGUCCAUGCCAAGGUGAUCGAGGUCGAAGGACCACGCGGCAAGCUGGUGCGUGACUUCAAGCACCUCAACCUCGAUUUCCAACUCAUCACCGGUGAGGACGGGAAGAAGAAGCUCAGGGUGGAAGCGUGGUUCGGUACCCGGAAAACCUCCGCCGCCAUCCGCACCGCGCUCAGCCAUGUGGACAACCUCAUCACUGGGGUUACCAAGGGGUAUCGUUACAAGAUGCGGUUUGUUUAUGCCCAUUUUCCCAUCAAUGCUAGCAUUACCAAUGACAACAAGGCAAUCGAGAUCAGGAACUUCCUUGGUGAAAAGAAGGUGAGGAAAGUGGACAUGUUGGAUGGUGUGAGUAUUCUUCGAUCAGAGAAGGUCAAGGAUGAGCUGGUUUUGGAUGGAAAUGACAUUGAGCUUGUGUCUCGAUCUUGUGCACUCAUUAAUCAGAAGUGUCAUGUUAAGAACAAAGAUAUCCGGAAGUUCCUUGAUGGUAUCUAUGUUAGCGAGAAGGGAACAAUAGUUGAAGAGUAGAUGAUUGAAGAAUAGGAUUUUGAUAUUAGUUUAGAGUCUUUCAUAUGCGUGGAUUGAUUACCUUGGAGACAAAUUUUAUCAUCUUGUUGCGAUCGAAUUUACUAUUUUUUAUCAUCAAAGUUAUCUAUGCUGUAAGAUGUUAUUUAAAAUUUUUAAUUUCUGAAACAUGCGUUGUUAUGGAAUAUUUUCUCUGUUUUGGUGUUA